CCGCAAAUUACCUUCCAUGGAAACUCGCUUUUUACCACAAACCUACGAAUCUAUACAAUUCGAAGAUUUAACCGGAUACAAACGUACGAAAGAAACGAUUUAAAACGUAAAAUACGUAAGAGUGAAAAAAUACUGAAGGGUUCUCAAACAGAUACGAAAUAGAAUUUGGAAGACUCAUAGAGAAGGAGAAAGUGGAAUUUUUUGGCACUAAAUGCAAGCAAGUAACUAAAUAACGUAAAAAGGGAUUUUUAAAAAAAAGAAAGAUUGAAAAUUCAUACUAGGAAACUAACGGAUUGAGACACAAUGGGACAAGGGAGUAGUAAACAUAGUGAUCAUCGGUUGGAUUCCUACCCUUCGUUUAGUCGAUCAGAUACGCAAGGUUCAAUCCGAUCCUUUAAAUCUUUAAAGACAGCUUUACGGAAAGAUAAAGACAAAGAUUCUACUUAUGAUCGAAGAACGUCUACGGAUACCACCAACAGCCGCCAUAAAUUUCCUGAAACACCGCCCAGCCUUCCUCCACCGCCAUCACCGGGCAUUUUGGCUACCUCUGGUUCAGGUUCCAAUUUGUACCGACAAAAUCAAGAAGAAUUGGCAGCUGCUGGUAUGAGCACUAGCCAAUCGCCCACUUCUACUACAGGUGGUGUCUCGUCAAGUAAUAUUAGCUCAGGAGGAAUGACAAGUAAUCGGUCGCUUUCACCACCGCCACCUUCAUCGCUUGCUUCUCCUGGGUCCUACGACUCGAAUCAUGAAACGAUAGCGGAUUCUGCAACUUCUCCUGGUUAUCUCCAGUAUGAUCCACAGGGUCCAGUUGUAAUCCCGAAUUCUGCUUUAUCUUCGAUGAAUCCGGAUGAUCCCGAUGCAUUGGUGAGUCUAAAUGUUGACGAAAUGAUUCAACGGCUUAUUCAUGCUGGGUAUUCUCGGAAAAGCAGCAAAAGCGUUUGCUUGAAAAACGCUGAAAUUGUUAGUAUUUGCAUGGCUGUGAGGGAGAUUUUUCUUUCACAACCCACCUUUUUAGAACUCAUGCCACCUGUUAAAAUCGUCGGUGAUGUCCAUGGACAGUACUCGGACUUAAUUCGACUAUUUGAAAUGUGUGGAUUUCCUCCGAGCUCGAACUAUUUAUUUCUUGGUGACUACGUUGAUCGUGGUAAACAGAGCCUGGAAACAAUUCUGCUUUUAUUUUUAUACAAGAUUCGAUAUCCCGAAAACUUUUUUCUACUUCGUGGAAAUCAUGAAUGUGCUAAUAUUACUCGUGUUUAUGGCUUUUACGAUGAAUGUAAACGACGUUGCAAUAUUAAGAUUUGGAAGACCUUUAUCAAUACCUUUAAUUGCCUACCUAUUGCUUCUGUAGUUGCCGGCAAAAUCUUUUGUGUACAUGGAGGAUUGUCUCCUGCUCUAAGUUCUAUGGAUGAUAUAAAAGAGAUAACUCGGCCCACGGAUGUUCCUGAUUAUGGUUUAUUGAAUGAUUUGCUGUGGUCUGAUCCUGCAGACAUGGAAAAUGACUGGGAAGAUAAUGAACGAGGUGUUUCGUUUGUAUUUAACAAAAAUAUAAUUCGGCAAUUUUUGGCAAGACACGAUUUUGAUUUGAUUUGUCGUGCGCAUAUGGUAGUUGAAGAUGGUUAUGAAUUUUUUAAUGAGAGGACAUUAUGUACGGUUUUUUCUGCCCCCAAUUAUUGUGGAGAAUUUGAUAAUUGGGGUGCUGUCAUGAGUGUUAAUUCUGAGCUUCUUUGCUCUUUCGAACUUAUCAAACCAUUGGAUCAAGCUGCCAUUCGGCGAGAACUAAAGAAGAGCAAACACAGCGGUAUGGCUGUUUACCAAUCACCUCCUGCUGAGCAGGUUACACAAAGUGUUUGAGUUGUUUCUUGUCAUGCAUUAUUUUGUAAGUUCGAUCCGUGGAUGAGUUACGUGAUUACCUUCUAAGGAGUCUACGAUUAUGCUUCUUGGGACGGUUCUUUUUCCCGAGGAUUCUUUGUUGUUCUUGUCUCUUUUUUUUUAUUUUUAAUGGAAAUUUAAUUGCAACUUUGGUAAUAGGAAUGGUGAUUGCGGCAGUUCCAUCGAGGCACUUUUUCUUUGCAUUCAUUCAAUGGUUCACUGAUAGAUCUUGAAAAACAAAUUUAUUCCUAAAAGCCGUUUAUUUCUCGUUGACUAGCUAUCUUUUUGAUUUCUCUUUUUAAAAAGUUUAUUGUAAGAAAAGCAAUGGUUGACUUCUUGAUUGCUAUGAAAUGUUCCCUAAAGUUUGGGUACAGACGAUGAGAUUAAAUGAAUUCUUUAUAUUUCAAAACACCACACAAGCCGUAAAGCCAAAGAAACCAAAAAUAAACAACAUAACCUACAU